GUGUUCUGCGGGCUCAAUAUGUGUAAACAAGAUAGGGAGCUACGCUUGCGAACCCAAACAAGGCAAAAACGCCUUGCCGAUCAUUUUAGGCAUUAGCCUAGGGUUUGGAGUAGUGUGCUUACUUAUUGGUACAUACUGGUUGCACAAAAUUUUAAAGAAGAGAAGGAAAAAGAACCUCCAGAUGCAGUUCUUCAAAGAGAAUGGAGGUUUAUUAUUGCAGCAACAACUUUCUUCAACUGAGGGUAAUAUUGAAAGGACCAAAAUAUUCAGCACCAAGGAUACAUACAUGAUUACAAUGAGGACUUCCCAUUAACCUGGGAAAGAAGGUUAACAAUUGCAGCAGAAGUUGCAGGUGCACUUUCCUACUUGCACUCAGCAGCCUCCGUUUCCAAUUAUUAUGGAGAUGUCACGUCCUCCAAUAUUCUACUAGAUGAAAAGUACAGGGCAAUAGUUUCAAACUUUGGGACAUCAAGAUCAAUUGCCAUUGAUCAAACUCAUUUGACUACAAAUGUGAAGGGCACAUUUGGGUACUUGGACCAUGAAUAUUUCCGGUCAAGUCCAUUUAUAGAAAAAAGUGAUGUUUACAGUUUUGGAUUUGUCCUUGUUGAGCUUUUAAUUGGAGAAAAACCAAUUUCUUUAGUAGAGAUGGAGGAAGUGGAAGCAAGAAGUUUGGCCUCACAUUUCAUUUUUUCCAUGGAAGAGAACAGAUUCUUUAAUAUUCUUGAUGCUCAACGGCCAAAGAUGAUAGAAGUUGCUGCAGAGAUAGAGCAGAUUCGUCUUUCGCAAAACAUUUCAAAUGGUCAACAAAAUCAUGAAGCGGUUAGAUAUGUCAAAACUGAAGUAACCAAUCUCUGGGAUGGUGCCUCAACUUCAACAGGUUCAGGUUUGGACUCUGAGGCAGCUUUGUCUUUAGAAAUGGAGCCAUUAAUUUCCAGUGAAUCAUGGGGCUUUAACUGAUCUAUCCUAGAAUGCAUUUAUUCCAUGUUUGGGGACAUAAUACGCUCGCUCUUUCUUUGUGUUUGAAAAUUUUUAGAUCAUUCAAUUUUUAUUUUUGUCACUUUGCAGUUCAAAGUUCAAAUAAUUGUUCUGCACAAGAUGGUUAUGAUGUAAUUGGCAGGCUAAAGUAUUAUUGAACCAUUUCUAUUUCUGUAUUAAAUUCAUUUUGACUUA